AUGGAGAUGAAUACUAAAAAGACCAAAUCAAUAGUAGUGACUAAGAACCAAGAGGUACCUAAAAUCAAUCUAACUAUGGAGAGAAAAUCAAUUAAACGUAUCAAAAAUUUUAUACAAUUAGGACACAUGAGCACUGAAGAUGCUAAGAGCGAAGUGGAGAUUCAAAGAAGAAUAGAAAUAGCCAGGAGUGCAUUUAACAACAUGUCGAAAGUAUUAACAUCAAGUAACUUUAUCAUAACAACACGGAUGAAACUAGUCAAAUGCUACGUGUGGUCAAUCCUACUAUAUGGUGCUGAAACGUGGACAAUAUCUAAAGCGAUUCCUAAAAAGAUCGAGGCAUUUGAAAUGUGGAUCUAUGUUAGAGUACUGAAAAUAUCUCGGACAGAACAUAAGACUAAUGAACAAGUAUUAGAAAUGAUGAAAACUAAAAUAACACUAUCGUCAGUUAUCAAGAAAAUAGAAUGUGAGUACUUUGGACAUAUUAAUAAGAAAUGGAAUACAAAGACUGUAGCUAGAAGGAAAGAUGAAUGGGAAAAAGAGGAAGAGGCAGACCAAGAAAUAUGUGGAUGGAUAACAUCAAAGAUUGUAUGGGAACAUCAUAUAGUAACUGUGUUAGAAUGGCGAAAAGAAGAGAGCAUGACAAUCAACCUGCUUCGAGCAGAUGGCACGUGA